AUGGUGCUACUGUUUCAGCGCAAGGAUUCAAUUCUGAGCGAAGAUUCAAAGCGAUUUAUUAGUUCGCUGCCGUCAACAUUUAUGAACUUGUUUCGCAAACGGCGACAGCUACUACCUGUAUGGAGUUCGCAUAAGUACUGCGCUUUGAUCAAGUCGACAUUUUUGGUGUUUUACCGAGCAACAACAUUGGAAGAUACAAAAGUGCCUGGCUUCUGGCAGCAAAAUGCAAUGAAAUAUUUGAAUUUACAGAACUGCAAGAUUAAACUUAUUGAUGACGAUUCUGCUGGUUAUGUGUUCUGCAUCACACCCGAAUCGGGAAGAGGAUCUGUUUACUUUGCGGCUGAUUCAGAAAAGGAUCGAGCGAAGUUUAUUGCUCAAGCUGCAGCUGUACAACACCGAUUGCCAUCUUUGAAUGAUUUCACAUCGCUGAAAUUACUAGGACGUGGUCACUAUGGUCGUGUGAUAUUAGCAUCGUACGCCGCAGAUCGACAAUUGUAUGCAAUUAAGGAGAUGAAACUUGGUCAGGUGAAAGCAAAAGUUGUAUUUGCCGAACGGGGUGCCAUGGAGUGGGUUGGAAACCAUCCAUUUAUUAUGGGUCUGGACUUUGCACUAGCACGAGGUCGCUCAGUGUUUUUAAUCUCUAAAUUUAUGCAAGGUGGUGAUCUCUUUUUACAUAUGCAGAACAAUGGAGGAAGCUUUAGUGAAGAUGCUGUUCGAUUCUACGCAGCUGAGCUGUUACUUGCUCUCGAGCACAUGCACAACAUGUGCAUUUUACAUCGUGAUAUCAAACCUGAGAACGUUUUAUUGGACAACGAAGGUCACGUUAAGCUGGCAGAUAUGGGUCUUGCCAAACAAAUGGAUUCUAGAAAUGGACGGACAAAUACCAUGUGCGGUACAGACACUUAUUUACCGCCGGAAAUGGUCGGUCGGUAUCCGGAUGGUCAUGGUUUGUCGGUUGAUCUUUGGCAAUUUGGAUGCAUUCUCUUUGAAUUGCGUGCUGGAUAUCCUCCAUUUUACUUGCCUCAAUCUAGUCAGAAAAGUACACACAAGCGAAUUUUGUAUCAAUCUGUUCGUUAUCCAAACAACAUGUCAAGCGAAUUGAAGAGUUUGUUGGUGGCUUUGCUUGUAAAACGUCAAGAAGAUCGACUUGGUUACAGUAGUGGAGUCGCAGAAGUUAAGCGUCACAAGUUUUUUAAAGGAAUCGACUGGGAUCAAGUGCUUAAACGUCAAUUAACACCGCCACUUUUACCAGGACCUUCUGGUGAAAAUCUUGUGGGGAAUUUUGAUCCGCACUUUACAGAUCAACCACAUACGCUAUACGCCCCGGAUGAAAUUGCCAGUUGUUUUGAGCGUGAUUUUACCGGCUUCGACUAUGUGCGUCCACCCAAUGCAAGUGUGAAUAGCUCCCUCACUCCACUUGUAUUAAAUUUAUCGACAUCUUCUCGAACUAGUACUACCAAGGACAUGAUUGAAUCUACUGACAAUACUAUGUCGCGAAUUAGCGGUAACGAGCAACAAAGCACUUGCGAGGAUUGUAAUCCUGAAGUUGAUUAUGACACUGGUGUAUGA